UCAUGGCUGCAGAGACAGGCUCGGACGUCCCGAGCACCCGGACCCUCUAGUUUCGAUGCCACCGAGUACAGAAUCGUGUCUACCGAAGCGUGGCCCAUUUAUUAAAAAUGAAAACCCGCGUAUAAAAUCGUCUGCUCCGGCAUCCUCCAAAUCUUCUCCACGUCUCUUCCUUUUGCUCUUCUUUCUGUUCUCCGAUACCUGCACUCCGCGUAAUCAUACUCACCCCGCGCAAGUUAGCAGAAACACGGAAAACCUGCUGGAAAAAACUGGGGGACGCUUAGAAAGCGCCGGUGUAGUGCGAAUGGAGCACCCCUACUCAGGUGGGAACUGGAUGGUGAUGCCCAAUGUCCCCAAUCAGAUCUCAUCACCAUCUAUAACAAAUCAAGACCAUUCACAACAUCAUCAUCAUCACCAUCACCAUCACCCACAACAACAGCAUCAUCACCAUCAGCAGCAACAGCAGCAGCAGCCGCAGCAGCAUCAAAAUAAUCUCCACCAGUCUCUUGCUUCUCAUUUCCAUCUCCUCCAUUUGGCAGAAAGUCUAGCUGAAGCAACAGAGAAUGGAACCCGUGAUCAACAUUCCGAUGCAUUGGUUAGUGAAUUGACCAGCCAUUUUGAACAGUGCUGGCAUAUUCUGCUAAACGAGAUAGCAGGAUCCAUUAGUACAAAGGUUAUGACAGUUGAGGGGCAAAAGCAUAAGCUGGAAGAGAGCGAGCAACUGCUAAACCAAAGGAGGGAUCUGAUUGCCAAGUACAAAAGCUGUGUUGAAGAGCUGGCUAAGUCAGACCAUAGCAAAUAAUACAGGUCUAUGUCUGCUACUGAGUAGAUAGGUGUCAAAUUUGCGCAACUUUCAAAUGCCUGAGGGGAAGCACCUGAAGCCGAGUUUGCCUCAGCUUAUUUGCUGCUGGAUCUUCUCUGUUUCUGCUUGUUGCUUAACAAGUCUGUCAUCUAUACCUGAUUCUGGAUCUACUAUUCUUUAAUAUUAAAUAGUUUGAGUCCAACAAAUUGGUAUUCUGCCGCAAAGAUUAUCAUUCAAGCAUCAGUAAUUAUGUUUAAAUGAGACAUGAUGAAAUACUUCCUAGCAUUAUUGGAA